AUGUUAAAUUUAGAAAACCUCCAUUUGUCUCUUAAAGUUUGGGGUAAUAGAACAUUUCGUGACGUGAGUUCUUUUUAUAGUAAAACUAAUUUACCAUCAAAUGAAGAAAUUCAAAAGACAUUCAGAGAUUUUAAAGAUAAUCAAAUUAUUACUUGUAUUGAUUAUUUCCAAGAACACAAACAUAGUCGAUAUCAUAUUUAUUCAUACCCAUAUCAAUUGAGACAUUAUGAUGAUAUAACAAAUAAUUUUCCCGGUGGAUUAUUUAAAUGUGUUCGUGAAGUUGGAUUAUAUGAUGAACAUUCUUUUGAACAUGAAUUUUUUCUUCGAAUUGCUCAAUCAUUUCCAUUAUUAGAAAAAUUAACUGUAAUUAAUCAACAACGACAAAAUGAUAAACAAUUUUUAAAAAAUCAAAAAAUGAAAGAGUGUGGGUAG